UGCUCUCCCGAGUGUGCGGCGAGCCGGCUGGCGAACCGCGGCCUGCGAGCUCCCUCUCCGGCUCCGGAGCAGCGCCGGGCGGCGCCGAGGCUGCCCCGGGGAGGGAAAUCGAAACCGAAGCGGCUCGUUCCCUCCCGGGCCGCCGGCAUCCGAAGGUGCCCGUCUCCCCUCCUUCCGGCGGGUCGCGGGCGUGCGCCGCCCGGCCAGUGAGCCGCGCGCAGCAUGGGCAGGUGCUGCUUCUACGCGGUGGGGACGCUGUCCCUCCUCCUGCUGGUGACCAGCGUCACGCUGCUCGUGGCCCGGGUCUUCCAGAAGGCCGUGGACCAGGCGAUCGAGAAGAAUAUUGUGCUGAGGAAUGGGUCCGAGGCCUUCGACUCCUGGAAGCAGCCCCCUGUGCCUGUGUACAUCCAGUUCUAUUUCUUCAAUGUCACCAAUCCAGAGGAGAUCCUCAGAGGGGAGAUCCCGCGGUUGGAAGAAGUGGGGCCGUACACCUACAGGGAAAUCAGAAACAAAGCGGAUAUUCAGUUUGGCGAAAAUGGAACAACCAUAUCUGCAGUUAGCAACAAGGCCUAUGUUUUUGUUCAAAACCUAUCUGUUGGAGACGCUAAAAGUGACUUAAUUAGAACACUUAAUAUUCCUGCAGUGACUGCCAUGGAAUGGGCGCAGGAAGGCAUCAUCCAGAGGAUCAUCCACGCCCUGAUAAAGGCCUACCAGCAGACGUUCUUUGUGACGCACACGGUCCACGAUUUGCUCUGGGGCUACAAAGAUGAACUCAUGUCCCUCAUCCACCCUUUCAAACCUGAAGUCCCCCCCUAUUUUGGCUUGUACUAUGGGAAAAAUGGGACUAAUGAUGGAGACUAUGUUUUUCUAACUGGAGAAGACAAUUACCUUAACUUUUCAAAGAUUGUGGAAUGGAAUGGAAAAACGUCACUUGGCUGGUGGACAACAGACAAAUGCAAUAUGAUUAAUGGAACAGACGGUGAUACUUUUCACCCACUAAUAACGAAAGACGAAAUCCUUUAUGUCUUUCCAUCUGAUUUUUGCAGGUCAGUGCAUAUAACUUUCAGUGACUAUAAGAGUGUACAGGGACUGCCUGCCUUUCGGUUUACGGUGCCUUACGAAGCAUUAGCCAACACCUCCGACAAUGCCGGCUUCUGUAUACCCGCAGGAAACUGCCUGGGCUCGGGAGUUCUGAAUGUCAGCAUCUGCAAGAACGGUGCGCCUAUUAUUUUAUCCUUCCCACACUUCUACCAAGCAGAUCAGAGUUUUGUGUCUGCCAUAGAUGGCAUGCAUCCAAAUAAGGACCAUCAUGAGACGUUUGUGGACAUUAAUCCUUUGACUGGAUUUAUCCUAAGAGCAGCCAAGAGGUUCCAAAUCAACGUUUAUGUCAAAAAAAUAGAUGGCUUUAGGAGUGUUGUCAUUGAUAAAGAGAAUGCAGGUCGCCUGAAGUCUGUGAUUAACACUACUUCGAUCGUCAGCAACAUACCCUACAUUGUCAUGGCGCUGGGUGUGUUCUUUGGUUUGAUCUUCACCUGGCUUGCCUGCCGAGGACAGGGAUUCAUGGAUGAGGGAACUGCAGAUGAAAGAGCACCCCUCAUACGAACCUAACCCUGGCCUGAGCUUCUUGAAGGAACCGUGGCGAGCUGUCCUGAUCUGGAUCAGACGUGGAAACCAUGGCGUCCUCACGGGCUCCUUGCCUGUUGAGAGAAGGAAGGGGACCAGAACUGGAAAGUGAUGAGAGCAUUUGGCCGGAGCUCAAAGAACAGGCUGAUUUAGCCACUGGGCUCUCUCAGAUCCGUGGUCCCUGACAAAGGGUUUUGUUUUUCAUGUGUCUAGCAAGUAUUUAAUAAGCUCUUGUAUAGUAAUUUUAUUGUUGUUGGGUGCUGGUAGCUCCAGAAUUUUGUGACCACUGUUGUGGUUAUAAUGUCUGCAUCACUUGUUAAUGCUACUUGGUCUAACCUUAUUCAGUAUGCUUCAUUCACUAAACUUUGUACUCCAAAUACAUAAAUACCAUUUUCUGGUUGUAUUCCUCCGUUCAUGUCACCUCAAAACCAGAAUAAGAGUUCGGAGCCCAGGGUAAAAUAGUAGCCUUGUUGAGUACAUCAUUCAAAUGCACCCAAUUUCCUCUUUUAAAAAAAAGUUAUAUAUUGCAUUCUGUGUUAUUUGUCAAUUCAUCAUUCCUCCAGGAAAACAAUUUGGUCUUCUACUUUCAUACCUGGUAAGAACCAAGUGAGGAAGGGGGUGGGUGGAAUGAGGCACCUAAUGAGUCCAGAGUGAUAAAUAUCUGAGGAUUUUCUACUUGUGCUUUUGUGAACUAAAAGAAUGCAGAGAUAAUGUUGGUGAGGACAAUGCAGAUAUUCCGUAUAGAGUAGAACUAAAUGCUAGUUCUGAGAUUUGUGGACAGCUUGUUAUUUUAGUUAAAAUGAUCUUGAUGUGGAAAGGUGCUCCUGGGAGAAUGUAAUCAAUAACUGACCCCCCCCAUCACCCUUGCCAAAUAAAACACUGUAUCAAUUACA